AGUAGAGAUAUGGCAAGGAAAGAGGUAACAACACCUGGAAUAACUGGGUCUGAGGAGUUUAUUAACUGUACCCCAUGCUCUGAAGCAGAGAGGACAACAGUAGCGAUCAAAUAUUGUGUGGAAUGUACAACAUAUGUUUGUCAGGACUGUUUAAAUGACCACAACAAGUUUGCAGCAUUACGUAAACAUCAGAUUGUGGAGGUCACUGAAGCUAAUGAGCUUCUAGGUGACACAGAUCAAGUCCAUGGAAAGAGAUCAGUGGAAUGUGGAAGUCAUUACGGACAAUACAUUGACGGAUAUUGCAAAAACCAUGAUGAAGUGUGCUGCAGUGUUUGUGUGGCAAUUAAACACAGGUCAUGCAAGGAGGUGAACAUGAUAGAAACAGUUGCAGAGGGAACUAAAGAAAGUCAAGUAUUCUGUAACUUAAAAUCUUCCUUGCAAAAAUUCAUUACAUCUGCAAAUCAGGAAAAAGCAUAUCGAAAUUACAACUUAAAAGAUAUGAAAGAGGAAAAGGAACAAAUCUUGGCUGAUAUUGAUGAAUAUGAAGAUAGGCUAAUACAAAGGAUAAAAGUCCUAGCAAAUACAUCUAGAGAAAAUAUCCGAAAAACUCAUGCAAAACAUCAAGAUGCAGUCAAGGCUGAUAUAAAAGGACUAGGCGCAGUUAUGUCAGGAUUGAGAAAAAGUUUAAAUCAAAUAAACAGAGAUGACAUGAAUGAAGUGGAGGCCUUCAUAACGAUGAAGAAUUACCAGAUCAAUUUGAAGGAAGUGAAGGAAGUAGUGACAGAUCUUUCUAAAAAUUGGCUGCAGCCCUCCAUUUUUUACAAGUUCAAUGAUGAAGUCAUACCUAAUAAAUUCACAGCAUUUGGGGAAGUUGUUGAAGAAACAAAGGGAAGUCCUGUAUUUUCUCUACAACUCAAACAAUCUGUUGAUAUCACAUGCCAAACUGACAGUAACAAGUGCAGCAUAAAUGGAAUGUGUCAACUGCCUGACGAUACUGUGGUAAUCACAGAUGCAAAUAAUUCCAAGUUUAAACGACUGGGAGAUAAUUUGGAGGUGAAAGAUUUUAUUGACUUAAAUGAUACCCCAGAAUGUAUGUGUGUUACAAAACCACAUGAGGUUGCCAUUGUACUAAGGGAAAGAAACGUUGUUCAGUUUGUAACCAUUGAUGAAAACAUGUCUUUAGAGACAUCAUUUCCUAUAGAAGAAGGAAAAUGCACCAAGAUUGAUAGUGACCCUACAGAAAAUACUGUGUAUGUUUGUUAUAUGGUUGAAUGUGAAAAGCCUGAAAAGAAAACGACCCGUUUCUUUACUAAUAACAUGACAUACAAAUAUCAUGUUAUUGUUUACAGUAGAAAAGGUGAAUUUUUGUCAAUAUAUAACAAUGAGGAAGCGGAAAGUCGACAGUUCGGUGAGCCAUUAAAGAUACUUAUCAGUGUAAAUACUUUUCAUUUAAUUGAUGCAGAUAAUAACAUAUAUACAUUUAGUAAGACAGAGAUGAAACAAAAACCAACUAUUACAAGCUAUAACAUUCGUGGCUAUUAUCGUAGAUAUGAGUAUAUCUGUAUGCUGUCUGCAGACAAGAUUAUAUUUGGAAACAAGAAUGGAGAAAUGUCUCUGAAAUCAUUACAUUGGACCCAGCAAAAAACACUUAAAUUAGCAGAUUCAUCGCCUGUGUUAGCAGUACUUUUCAACAAGAAGAAAUCUACACUAAUUGUUGUAGGAGAGUCAAGUCAAAUCAAAGAAUACAAAUUGGGCUCAAAGAUACUAUAUCUUCUAAAAGAAUAAACAAAAGAAGACACUGAAAAGAUGCAAAAUGUUGUAACUGGUCAGAAAUUUGAGGCAUUGUUAUUUAAACAAAGACAUAAUAAUUAUGAUGAAAUCUCUGUCAAGCAACAAAUUCACGCCUACAGUGAUUGUUUCCUUGUAUCAGUACAAUACUAAAACUAUACAAUCUAGUAACAAAAUAUACAUUAACUUAUUUGAUGACAGUGUACCAGGCCAUAAUAUAAAAUAUGGUAUUUUGAAAGUCAUUUAAUCAAUAAUUCUAUAAUAUGUUUUUC